GCGCCGCUGCCCCGUAAGACCCGGAUAAAGAAAAACCCUGUCUCUGUAUUUCGGAGAAGAGAAUAUAGAACUGGGAAGACGAUUCAAACGUGGUUUCACAGACAUGUGGUGGAAAGAGCUGAAAGCAGCUUUGGGGCAGAGGAUUAACGUGGAGGGCAUCGCUUCUUCUCUUGAGAUUUUCCGCAAAGACAAGCAUUUGAUUAUCCCACAUGUCUCUGUGCCGGAUAUUAGGUACAUUGAUUGGGGUGAGCUGAAGAGAAGGGGCUUUCAAGGGGUUGUCUUUGAUAAGGACAACACAAUCACUGCUGCUUACUCUUUGAGCUUAUGGCCGCCUCUCGAAUCAUCACUACAACACUGCAAAGCUCUCUUCGGCAACAACAUCGCGGUUUUCAGCAACUCUGCAGGACUAUAUGAGUAUGAUCCUGAUGGAAAAAGCGCUAUGAUUCUUGAGCGUGCAAUUGGGAUUAAAGUAAUCAGGCAUAAAGUGAAGAAGCCAGCUGGAACAGCUGAAGAAAUUGAACAGCACUUUGGUUGUGAAUCAUCGAAACUUAUCAUGGUUGGUGAUCGACCCUUGACAGACAUAGCAUAUGGAAACAGAAAUGGUUUCCUAACUAUUUUGACAGAGCCAUUAAGUCUUGCUGAGGAGUCGUUUAUAGUACAACAGGUUAGGGUAAUAGAAAGGGCUCUUAUGAAACAUUGGUCCACAAAGGGGCUGAAGCCAAUAACACACGAACUUCUUCCCGAUUACAUGCUGUGUGUUAAAGACAAACCGCUAUAGAAAGAGGAAAUGCGUUUAUGGUAAAAUGAUAAAAAUUUUAUACCAAUAGCUAUAGUUUCCAUUCUUUGCUGCUAGUACUGGAAGAACAUGAAAAUAUUUAUGAUUCAUCCUCAAAUUUUGAAUGCUGUCUUUGCAGGCUAAGGUGUGUUUAACUGUUUAUAAAGUUCUUUUAGUUAUACGUGGGAUGUUGAUGCAUGGAAACUAAAAAAAGUAAAUGCAUUGUAUUAAAUGUGAUGUAAUAAAUGCUAUUAUACACAGAAA